AUGAAGAGCAAACCUGGGAAAAAGCAACACAACAAAACCAAGAGGACUAAACACCAUCGAGACCCCAUCAAAACAGAGUGUGGAACACAGUCAGAUGAUGUUGACUGCAAUAGAGAAGAACUAGACGUUAGCCAAGCACCCUACAUCACUAAAGGGGUUUGUAUCAGCUCCAUCCAAAUCAAAGAGGAACCAGCAGACUUUGAACAGCAGGGAAUUGGCGAGGAACAUAGCCAUUCUGAUCCUUCCUUCCAGAAGAAGCACAUAAAACAUCAAAAUACAUCCAAUCCUAUGACCCGGUGUAGCCAGAUAUCAAGGAGUCCAGUGGUGAUGCUAACAAGAUUGUCUAAUGUAAGAAGAGUUAGUGGUCUUUCCAAACAUGUGACAGUUAGUAACUAGACAAUAGUAUUUAUACUUUUGGUUAAUGCAUAAUGUGGUUUCUUCAUCUUUCUAAUCCAUAAGGUGGUGGUUAAGACUCUUCUGCGAGACACUAAAGUGUGUUUGGUGAAGGAAGAAAACCCAGACGAGACAGAUGGAGGUAGGGCAUAGUUCAUACAUCCAGUCCACCCUCAACACUGCAUUUGAAAUGGAUGAUGGGAUUACUUGAACAGUACUUGAACAUUAAUUUAGCAAACUUUGAAAUUGACAUUUAGCAAAGUGUUUUAUUGUUGAAUGAGGAAAUGUAGCAAAUCACAACUAUGUUCUGUUCCCUCUCUCUCCUCCCAUCUCUCUCUUCUCCCCUCUUUCUACCAUCCUUUCACUGCUCUGUCCCUCUCCCUCAGUCUCUUCUUCUCAGUUCUUUCCUUGUCCACACUGCACCAUCUCCUUCACUGACUGUUACUUCCUGGAGAACCACAUCAAGACCAAACACCAGAAGCAGUACCUAGCUUUGUUCAAAAGCCACGUCUCAACGAGUAAAACCGUGUACACCCCCACACACAGCUGUCCCCACUGUAGCUGCAUGUUCCAUACCCCACGGCAGCUACACAUCCACAUCCGUCAGGCCCACACCCCUGCCCCUCUAAGGAAACUCCACCCCUGCCCGUAUUGUGCCCGCAGCUUCCAGUACAUAGCCAGACUGCAUACUCACUGCAAGGUUUGGCACAAAAUGUCUGUUGCUUUCACCGAUGGAUACCUCAGUUGCGCUGACUGUGGAAAGAGCUUCAAGAAUUCCUGGGGACUGGGGCCUCACCAGUGUCACAAGCCUGAGGACACUAAGCCUGAGGAUGGCCCUGUCUGUCUGAACAUCGGCAUGCCAUGCUCAGAGUGUGGCAAAAGCUGCUCUAGUCCUCAGAAUCUGCGCAUUCACAUGCGCACACACACCGGCGAGAAGCCUUACGUCUGCAAGGAGUGUGGCAAGAGCUUCUCAGAAGCCAGCAGUCAUUGCAAACACAUGAUGAUACACUCUGGGGUCAAGCCAUUCAAAUGCCAGGACUGCGGAAAGGAUUUUGCCCGGAUGUGGCACCUCCGAGUUCACAUGACCGUUCACUCUGGCGAGAAGCCUUUAUCCUGCCCAAAAUGUGACAGGCGGUUUGCAUACAGGGAUUCUCUGAAGCUUCACCUGCGCACGCACUCAGGGGAGAGACCUUUCAAAUGUACUGUGUGUGGUAAAGACUUUGCUGACAAAGGUUAUCUUAAAACUCAUCUCAAGAUCCACAACAAUGAAAGGAACUACCAUUGUGGGGUUUGUGGGCUGAAGUUCAUAAACAUUGCUGCGUUGAAAACCCAUCAGCGCACACACACCGGGGAGAGGCCUUUCCAUUGCACAGUGUGUGACAAGACAUUUUUCCGACACGCACACCUGAAGAACCACCAGCGCACUCACACAGGUGAGAGACCAUACACCUGUACUGAGUGCAGCAAAAGCUUCACUCAAUCUGGAGAUCUCACAAAACACAUACGCACCCACACUGGAGAGAAGCCGUAUGAAUGUUCUGUCUGCCACGGAUGCUAUACCUCUUCAGGGGAUCUGGGCAAACACAUGAGGAUCCACAAUAACUUACGACCAUAUCACUGCCAGGAGUGUGAAAAAAGCUUCCGCAUGGCCGGCCACCUUAAAACUCACAUGAGGACCCACACUGGGGAGAGACCAUACUCCUGCCCCCGCUGCCAUCGCACCUUUGCUCGCGCCCAUCACCUCUCCGGUCACCUGCCUAGAUGUUGCUGAAUGACUAGAUGAUUUAUAUUUAUAUACAGUCUAAACUCUUUUACUCUUGUUGUAGUUAUUUAGCAAGGGAACAGUGAUGUACAGAAGAUGGUUUUGUGCCCGACUCUGACCUGGUAAUGCCAAUAAAUGGUAAUGAAAUAAAGGCCUCUAUAGUCUGUGAAAGAUGGC